AUGGUGCUCUCGCAGGAGGAGUCCGCCGAUGCGCGGGAGACGAGCGAGGCGCCACCACCCUACCCAGAUCCCAUGGAGACCGCCCCGCUGCCGGGUCCGGGAACCCCUGACGCCCCCGAGGGGGCGGCCGAGAAGGUGGAGGUGGAGCUGACGGAGCAGGCGGGCUCCGAGUCCCCUCAGCCCCCCGAGGGUGGCUGGGGCUGGGUGGUGAUGCUGGCGGCCAUGUGGUGCAACGGAUCGGUGUUCGGCAUCCAGAACUCCUGUGGGGUGCUCUUCGUGUCCAUGCUGAAGACCUUCGGGUCGGAUGACCAGGAUAAGAUGAUCUUCAAGACAGCAUGGGUAGGUUCUCUGUCCAUGGGAAUGAUUUUCUUUUGCUGUCCAAUAGUCAGUGUCUUCACAGACAUAUUUGGUUGUCGGAAAACAGCUGUUGUGGGUGCUGCAGUUGGAUUCAUUGGACUCAUGUCCAGUUCUUUUGUAAGUUCCAUCGAGCCUCUGUACCUCACCUAUGGAAUCAUCUUUGCCUGUGGCUGCUCCUUUGCAUACCAGCCUUCCUUGGUCAUUUUGGGACACUAUUUCAAGAAGCGCCUUGGACUGGUGAAUGGCAUUGUCACCGCUGGCAGCAGCGUCUUCACAAUCUUGCUGCCUUUCCUUCUAAAGGUUCUGACUGACACCAUGAGCCUCUUUGACACACUGAGGGUCCUCUGCAUCUUCAUGUUUGUUCUCUUUCUGGCUGGCUUUACUUACCGCCCUCUUGCUUCCAGUGCCAAAGAUAAAGAGAGUGGAACCAAAGGAGGGAACAGAUUCUCCCACUCUUCCGGGAGAAAAUGCGGUCCUCCAAAAAAAUUUUUCAAUUUUGCCAUCUUCAAGGUGACAGCUUAUGCAGUGUGGGCGGUUGGAAUACCACUUGCACUUUUUGGAUACUUUGUGCCUUAUGUUCACCUGAUGAAGCACGUGAAUGAAAGAUUCAAAGAUGAAGAUAAUAAAGAGGUGCUCCUGAUGUGCAUAGGCAUCAUGUCGGGAGUCGGGCGGCUGCUCUUUGGACGGAUUGCAGAUUACGUGCCUGGAGUGAAGAAGAUUUAUCUACAGGUACUUUUUCCCUUCUCAGGGUUACUUCGUGACAAGCUGGGCUCCUAUGACAUGGCAUUCUACCUUGCUGGAAUCCCUCCCCUGAUGGGAGGUGCUGUGCUCUGUUUUAUCCCGUGGAUCCACAGUAAGAAGCAAAGAGGGAUCAAUCAAACCACUGGAGGAGAAAAGAUGGAGAAAAUGUUGGAGAACCAGAACUCUGUGCUGUCAAGCUCAUCUGGACUCCUCAAGAGAGAAUCUGACUCUGUUAUUUAA